AUGAGUUCGGAGCCGCCCCGCGCCUCGCUGCUCCGCGCCCUGUUUAAGAUGGAGCCGGCGGCAGCCGCCUCCGAAGUGCUGGGGGGAGCCUCGGAGUUCGUGAAAGAUCGGUUGUACUUCGCGACUUUACGAAACAAACCGAAAAGUACCGUAAAUACCCACUACUUCUGUACCGAUGAGGAGCUGGUCUAUGAAAAUUUCUAUGGAGAUUUUGGACCUUUAAAUUUGGCAAUGUUAUACAGAUACUGCUGUAAACUGAAUAAGAAAUUAAAGUAUUUCAGUCUAUCAAGAAAGAAGAUCGUGUACUAUACCAGUUUUGAUCAGCGGAAACGAGCAAAUGCAGCAUUUUUAAUAGGUGCAUAUGCUGUAAUAUACUUGAAGAAAACACCAGAAGAAGCUUACAGAACACUUUUGUCUGGAUCUAAUCCACCAUAUCUUCCAUUUAGGGAUGCUUCAUUUGGGAACUGCACAUACAAUCUUACGAUCUUGGACUGUUUACAGGGAAUAAAUAAGGCCUUGCAGCAUGGAUUUUUUGACUUUAAGACAUUUGAUGUGGAUGAAUAUGAACACUAUGAGCGAGUGGAAAACGGUGACUUCAACUGGAUUGUUCCAGGAAAAUUUUUAGCAUUUAGUGGACCACACCCAAAAAGCAAACUUGAAAAUGGUUAUCCUCUUCAUGCACCUGAAGCCUACUUUCCCUAUUUCAAGAAACAUAAUGUCACAUCAAUCAUAAGACUGAACAAAAAAAUUUAUGAGGCAAAACGCUUUACUGAUGCUGGUUUUGAGCAUUAUGACCUGUUCUUCAUAGAUGGAAGCACACCAAGCGACAGUAUAGUUCAGAGGUUCCUGAACAUCUGUGAAAAUGCAGAUGGUGCUAUUGCUGUACAUUGUAAAGCUGGCCUGGGGAGAACAGGAACACUGAUUGCAUGUUACAUAAUGAAACACUACAAGUUCACACAUGCUGAAGCCAUUGCUUGGAUAAGAAUAUGUCGACCAGGCUCUAUCAUAGGACCCCAGCAACACUUCUUGGAAGAGAAGCAAGCAAUGUUGUGGCUGGAGGGAGAUCUCAUCCGAUCAAAGCAGAAACAACGAGUAGUUGAUGGAAACAUUAACAGAGUUCUUUGUGGCUUGAAUGACAUUUCAAUCAGUGACAGCUUGAAUAAAGUACCAGACUUGGAUCAAUGCAGGGAGAAUGAUUUUGAAGACAAACCAGGUGUGGAAACUCAGAAUGGCAUGACACAGGGAGAUAAGCUUAAUGCCUUAAAAAGUCGGAGACGGCCAUGUUCUGCUACAACUGGAGCUCUGAGGCUGCAAGACAUGAAACUGCACACCAGAUCAAUAUCACAACCUUUCAGACUGAAUACUUCAGGUAGCACAGAAGGAUCCAUGUCUCCUCUGAAGGCCUCCAAAGUGAUGGCAGUUAAUUCACCAUCUGCAGAAAGAAUAAGCAGAAUUCUCACAUCCUCAGGCUCUAACCUUAAAAGCGUUUCCAUAAACUCCAGACUAGCCAGUUCUCUAGGGAACCUGUACGUUGCUUCAGAUGAUGAUGAGAGCAAAAUGACAUCAUCGUCCUCUAGGACAGGUUUUUCUGUAAGCCAAACGUCCAGCCACUUGAAUGGCAGCUUGCAGCUGCCUCACAGAAAUAACCAUGAACUGAACAACAACUCGUACAACAGAAACAGCAGUAGUGGCAACAACCUGAGCGGCCAAACCAGUUUUCACAGCGCCGUGACAGAUGAGUUCGCAUCAACCUUCCUUUAUGGGCCUUACAACUCCUCCAGCACGAUACCAGAGUCAAUCAAUUCCUUCCCUUCGGUCUGA